AACGGGAAGGAGCUCUCCAAGCUGUCUCAGGAGCAAACCCUGGAGGCCCUGCGCUCCUCCAAGGAGCCCCUAGUGAUCCAGGUGCUGAGACGCAGCCCCCGCCUCCGGGGGGACAGCUCGUGCCAUGACCUGCAGCUGGUGGACAGUGGCACUCAGACCGACAUCACCUUUGAGCAUAUCAUGGCGCUGGGCAAGCUGCGCCCGCCCACCCCGCCCAUGGUCAUCCUGGAGCCGUACGUCCUGUCUGAGCUCCCCCCCAUCAGCCAUGAGUAUUAUGACCCAGCGGAGUUCAUGGAGGGCGGCCCACAGGAGGCAGACCGUAUGGACGAGCUGGAGUAUGAGGAGGUGGAGCUGUAUAAGACCAGCCACCGAGACAAGCUAGGCCUGAUGGUUUGCUACCGCACGGACGAUGAGGAGGACCUGGGCAUCUAUGUUGGAGAGGUGAAUCCCAACAGCAUCGCAGCCAAAGACGGCCGGAUCCGCGAGGGCGACCGGAUCGUCCAGAUAAAUGGCGUGGACGUCCAGAACCGGGAAGAGGCGGUGGCCAUUCUGAGCCAGGAGGAGAACACCAACAUCUCGCUGCUGGUGGCCCGGCCUGAGAGCCAGCUGGCAAAGCGGUGGAAGGACAGUGACCGGGAUGACUUUCUGGAUGACUUUGGCUCUGAGCAUGAGGGGGAGCUGCGCGCACGGAAGCUGAAACCCCCCCCUGCCCAGCAGCUUGGCAACGAAGAGGAGAAAGGGGUCCCCGAUGUGGGCACGGGCCUGAGCAACAGCCAGGAGCUGGACAGUGGGGUGGGCCGCACCGACGAGAGCACCCGCACCGAGGAGAGCUCCGAGCACGACCUGCUGGGUGACGAGCCCGCCAGCGCCGCCGACACCCCCGGGGCCCUGCGCAAGAGCCGCGACCUGCACUUCAGCAUGGACUCCCUGCUGGCCGAGGGGGCGGCGCUGGGCGGGGGCGACCUCCCGGGCCUCACGGAGGAGGAGUACGAGCGCUACCGCGAGCUGCUGGAGAUCAAGGGCCACCUGGAGAACGGCAACCAGCUGGGCCUCCUCUUCCCCAGGGCGUCCGGCGGCGGCAACAGCGCCCUGGAUGUGAACCGCAACGAGAGCCUGGGCCACGAGAUGGCCAUGCUGGAGGAGGAGCUGCGACACCUGGAGUUCAAGUGCCGCAACAUCCUGCGGGCGCAGAAGAUGCAGCAGCUGCGCGAGCGCUGCAUGAAGGCCUGGCUGCUGGAGGAGGAGGGUCUCUACGACCUGGGGGCCGGCGAGCCCAAGAAGCACGAGCUGUCGGACAUCUCCGAGCUGCCAGAGAAGUCGGACAAGGACAGCACCAGCGCCUACAACACCGGGGAGAGCUGCCGCAGCACCCCGCUGCUCGCAGAGCCCCUGCCGGAGAGCCCCCUGCGGCGGGCCGCCGCCGGCAACUCCAACUUGAACCGGACCCCUCCCGGCCCCGCCGGCCCCACCCACCCCAAGGCAGCCCCCCCGCAGGGGAGCCCCGCCAAGUUCCGAUCUCUCUCCCGGGAUCCCGAGCUGGGCCGGAGACCGCACUCGGAGGAGCGAGUCCGCCGGAGCCCCAAGCCGGGCGUGACCCUGGAGCGCGUGGGCCCUGAAGGCAGCCCUUACCUCUCGCGGCGCCACCGCGGCCAGGGCCAAGAGAGCGAGCACUACCACAGCUGUGUGCAGCUGGCCCCGCCGCGCGGCCUGGAAGAGCUGGGCCACGGGCCCCUCACUCUGGCCGGCGGCCCCCGGGUGGGCGGGGCAGCGGCGGCCACCGAAGCCCCCCGCAUGGAGUGGAAGGUCAAGGUGCGCAGCGAUGGGACCCGCUAUGUGGCCAAGCGGCCGGUGCGCGAUCGCCUCCUCAAAGCCCGGGCCCUGAAGAUCCGGGAGGAGCGCAGCGGCAUGACCACCGACGACGAUGCGGUGAGCGAGAUGAAGAUGGGCCGCUACUGGAGCAAGGAGGAGCGGAAGCAGCACCUGAUCCGGGCCCGGGAGCAGCGGAAGCGGCGCGAGUUCAUGAUGCAGAGCCGGCUGGAGUGCCUGCGGGAGCAGCAGAACGGCGACAGCAAGGCCGAGCUCAACAUCAUUGCCUUGAGCCACCGCAAAACCAUGAAGAAGCGGAACAAGAAGAUCCUGGACAACUGGAUCACCAUCCAGGAGAUGCUGGCCCAUGGCACUCGCUCCGCCGACGGCAAGCGGGUCUACAACCCUCUGCUCUCCGUCACCACUGUCUGA